AGUCUUGCACAGGUGUACCGGCUCCUCCCCUCCAGUCUUGCACAGGUGUAUAGGCUCCUCCCCUCCAGUCUUGCACAGGUGUACCGGCUCCUCCCCUUCAGUCUUGCACAGGUGUAUAGGCUCCUCCCCUCCAGUCUUACACAGGUGUACUGGCUCCUCCCCUUCAGUCUUGCACAGGUGUACCGCCUCCUCCCCUUCAGUCUUGCACAGGUGUACCGUCUCCUCCCCUUCAGUCUUGCACAGGUGUAUCGGCUCCUCCCUUUCAGUCUUGCACAGGUGUACCGGCUCCUCCCCUCCAGUCUUGCACAGGUGUACCGGCUCCUCCCCUUCAGUCUUGCACAGGUGUAUAGGCUCCUCCCCUCCAGUCUUGCACAGGUGUACUGGCUCCUCCCCUUCAGUCUUGCACAGGUGUACCGCCUCCUCCCCUUCAGUCUUGCACAGGUGUAUCGGCUCCUCCCCUUCAGUCUUACACAGGUGUACCGGCUCCUCCCCUCUAGUCUUGCACAGGUGUACCGGCUCCUCCCCUCCAGUCUUGCACAGGUAUACCGGCUCCUCCCCUCCAGUCUU